CGACGUUUGGCCCGUUCUUCAGCGCCUCUAGGUCUGGACAACCGCCAGCCGCAAAUGACAGGGAGGCAAGCAGGCGGACAUUGGCUACUGGGGGGGAGGCCUAGCAAAGUCUCCCACAGGCGGCGGCUGGACCUCGUGGGCGUAGACAAUAACUGCAUUCUUCGCAUUUCGGAUGGGAUGAGCUGCUCCGAUCUGGUGUGACGUUGACAGGGUCGAGACCGCUGCCAUCGGCCCGCAUUUGACCAACCUCAUCAUCAUCAUCGUCGUCGUCGUCAGACCAGGGGUUCACGACUGGCUGCAAUAUUCGCAUUGGCCAGCAUGAUUUUCCUGUUAUCUUUGUUUGCCCCCCCUCCCGCCGCGAAUACUGUACUUGGCUUGCCUCUCCCUUGUUAUUUUACCAGCCAACCGAACCGUUCUGGCUGCUCUCCCGCACUCCGCCUAGUGAUGUUAGUGUGUUUAUGCCUAUGAUUACACCCCUAAUUUACCCUCUCACCCCUCUCCCCCCUACUUCUGGAUCUGCGCUCUACUUUCUUGGACCGCAUCGACUGCCCCCCUAUGGUGCCUGUCGAUUUGACAUGCAACUUUCCACUUCAAUUGCCUUCUUCCCAUCUUCGUCUCGCAUGCUCUUGUUGUCGCGCGGAAGAAAGCAACCACGCCUCCCCUUUUCAGCCGCCGAGUCCUAGCGAACGUCGACACUUCGCGACUCUUGCGACGCUUGAGAGCCUCCUUCGCGGCUGCCAACACUUCCCGACGAAAUGGGUACCCUUUCCCAGUCUCCGGUUCGCCACCGAGACCGAUUACACGACAAGGGCGUCGCACACACCGCCAUCGAGUUUGCCCAGCAAGCCGAGAAGUUGUCGCUCCAGAGCCACCAGAACAACGAUUCCGAGGUCGCCGUCGAAGCUCGAUUCGUUACACCCCAAGACCCUAUCAUCAUCACAUCGGAGGGCAACAGGCUUCCAGGUGUGCCGCUCGUCGAGGCGCACAAAUUGAACGUGCUCAAGGAAGAACUUCAAGAUGGUCCUGCGGUAGUCAAGAUCAAGCAAGGGAGCGACACUGAAGAAGAGAUCGAUACCGGAAAAGAAGCCUCGAAUGGACAGGAAAGAAUCAUCUCGCUACCCACAGACACGAACGGAAAAUCGAUGCAGAAAUCGGAAGAAGGCUCCCUUCGUCGCCAAACGCCGCCGUCACACACCAACCCCCUAUUCCCCCCCCUGCCCCUUUACGGGCCACCAUCAUUACUUCGCGACUUGCAUUGUAUGGUGUUCCGCAUCUCGGCCUUCUUCUUGAGUUUGGCUUUUCUUGGGGUCAUUGUUCUCGGUGCACUCUUCACAAGCAUACCACCACUGUGUCGCCGUAUCUUCUACCGCUUGACUCUGCAGAACCCAGACAAGAAGAGGCCGUUCUUCGAAGAGGAAGCGCGCAGGGCCAAAGUGCGCGAGGAGGAGAACAGGAAAUGGAAGCGUAGCAACAGCCUGGACAAAGACAGGGAGAUCGCUGAUGAAUUCGUCCCUACGGAAGGCGGGCCCGAUCCGAUAGUCUGCGACGUUGGAUACUACGCUCGUCGCGUCGGCCUCGAUGUAGAAGAGUUACAAGUUCAGACCGAAGACGGAUUCAUCAUCGACCUGUGGCAUGUAUACGACCCCGAAGAAUACACAAGAAUGAGCGAGGACGACAGAUCAGACAGGGGGCCCCAAAUCUUCACCCCUUCCAAGAGGAAGCUCAAAGACCCCAGCCAGAAGCGCAAGUUUCCCGUUCUGCUUAUACAUGGGCUUCUCCAGAGCUCGGGCGCCUACUGCACGAACGACGAGGAUUCGCUGGCAUUUUACCUCUGUAAGUCCGGGUACGACGUCUGGCUUGGCAACAACCGCUGCGGCUUUAAGCCCAAACACGCCUCGCUGGAGUACACCGACCCGCGAAUGUGGUGCUGGAACAUUCGCCAGAUGGGUGUGUUUGACCUGCCGGCGCUGACCUCGCGUGUCCUCUACGAAACUGGCUUCGGAAAGAUCGGUUUGAUCUGCCACUCGCAGGGCACCACCCAGACACUCGUCGCACUGGCAAAGGAGCAACGGCCAGACCUGGGCGAGAAGCUGACGGUUUUCUGCGCUCUGGCGCCGGCUGCCUACGCCGGGCCCCUAAUCGGGAAGAUGUACUUCAAGUUCAUGAGGAUCAUCACGCCGGGCAUGUUCCGUUUAAUGUUCGGCAUCCACGCUUUCAUCCCCUUCAUGAUGCAGGUGCACCAGCUUCUUCACCCCAAGGUCUACGGGUGGCUCGGGUACAAAGUCUUCUCCUUCCUGUUCGACUGGACGGACACGAGGUGGGAUCGCGGCCUAAGAGACCGCAUGUUCCAAUUCGCACCUGUGUACGUCAGCGCCGAAUCCAUGCGCUGGUGGCUCGGAAGAGAGUGCUUUGCGAGACACAAAUGCAUCCUCUCCACCAAAGAGGACGUCCGCGCCGAGGAGAAGGAGGACCAUGUCAAUGGAAACGACUGCCACACUCUCCGGGCCGACGACGCCGACGGCCUGAUGAGUCAGAGGACCUUGGACGAGUAUACCCGUAGACCCAAGGGGUCGACCGCAUGGUAUAACGAACAAGCGCCACCCUUUGCCCUCUGGGUCGCCGGGAACGACGACCUCGUCGACGGCAAGAAACUCCUUCGGAGGUUCGAGCGAGGCCGCGAGCCGCACGUCAACGUGGUGCACAGUAAGGUUAUUCCUGAGUACGAGCAUCUUGACGUCAUCUGGGCCAUGGACGCCCCCGAACAGGUGUUCAAGGAGGUCCGCGAGGUGCUCUGGAAGACCUGCGACGCAAGAGACGAGUGUCGCGUGCCCAAAGGAUGUGAGGACGUCAAGCGGUGGACGCCACCGAACAGGGUAGCGAACGGAGAGUCGGAGGAGAGCCAGUCCAGCAGCGACGAUGCCGAGUAGG